AAUGCAUCAUCUCCAUUAUCGUUACCUCUUUCCAUCAGCUCAACUACAAUGAAGAGACACCGCAACCAACUUCUGCUAUGCAUCCUAUCCGCAUUUUUCACCAUCAACUUCACUUCCGCCGUUGAUUUCCUCUUCAAUGGCUUCAACUUGUCUGAUGUAUCGCUCUACGGCAACGCCACCAUCGAAUCCCGCAUUCUUACACUUACCAAAGACUCCGGUUUCGCCAUUGGCCGUGCUCUUUACCCCUCAAGAAUCCCCAUGAAGCAGCCAAAUUCAUCCCUCCUACUUCCCUUUUCAACUUCUUUCAUUUUCGCUAUGGCGCCUUACGAGGGCAGGCUCCCUGGGCACGGCUUAGUUUUCUUGUUUGCGCCGCGCGAGGGAAUCCAAGGUACCAACUCAGCGCAACAUUUAGGGCUGUUGAACUUCACCAACAAUGGGAAUUCCAGUAAUCAUGUAUUCGGGGUUGAGUUUGAUUGUUUCAGGAACCAAGAGUUUAUCGAUAUCAAUGAUAAUCAUGUUGGGAUUGAUGUCAACUCACUGAAUUCCGUAAGCGCUUAUGAAGCGGGUUAUUGGCCUGAUGAUCACAGGAAAAAAGAUGAUGGAAGUCCCGAUGAGAGUUCAUUCAAGAGUUUGUUGCUCAAUAAUGGAAGAACCUACCAAGCUUGGAUUGAUUAUGCUGACAGCGUGGUUAACGUUACCAUGGCGCCUGUGGGGAUGAAGAGGCCUAACCAGCCGCUGCUGAGUGUUUCUCUUAAUCUUUCCCAAGUUCUUGAGGAUGAAAUGUAUGUGGGAUUCACUGCAUCUACCGGGGAUAUGAUUCAAAGUCACAAGAUUUUAGCUUGGAGUUUCAGCAACACGAAUUUUUCGCAAAGUGAGGGGUUGAUCACAGGGGGUUUGCCGUCGUUCGAGCUUCCUAACACUCCAAUCCGCAGGACCAAAGGUUUUGUUGCAGGUGUGACUGGGGGGAUUUUGUUUUCCGCCGUCAUAUUUUCUGUUGUAGCUUUCUUGUUUGUUAGAAGGCGUAGGAGAAUAAGAAAGGAGAGGGAGGAGAUGGAAGACUGGGAAUUGGAGUAUUGGCCGCAUAGAAUUACUUAUCAAGAAAUUGAAUUGGCAACCAAGAGCUUUGCUAACGAAAAUGUAAUUGGGAUUGGUGGAAAUGGCAAAGUGUACAAAGGGGUGUUGCCUGGAGGAUCAGAGGUUGCCGUGAAGCGCAUUUCUCAUGAAAACAGUGAAGGGACAAGAGAAUUCUUGGCUGAAAUAUCGAGCCUUGGAAGAGUAAAGCAUAGAAAUUUGGUGGGAUUGAGAGGAUGGUGCAAGAAAGAGAAGGGCAGCCUAGUUUUGGUGUAUGAUUACAUGGAAAAUGGAAGUCUUGACAAGAGGGUGUUUAAGUGUGAUGAAAGUAAGUUGUUGAGAUAUGAAGAUAGGAUAAGAAUUCUAAAGCAAGUGGCUUCAGGGGUUCUGUAUUUGCACAACGGAUGGGAGGCCAAGGUAUUGCACCGUGACAUUAAGGCCAGUAACGUGUUACUUGACAAAGAAAUGAAUGCACGUUUAGGUGAUUUUGGGUUAGCCAGGAUCCAUGACCACGAUAACGUUGCUGGCACCACACGUGUGGUGGGAACGGUCGGGUACUUGGCACCAGAGAUUGUGAGGAACGGCCGGUCAUCAACACAAACCGAUGUGUUUGGUUAUGGAGUCUUAGUCUUGGAGGUCAUGUGUGGUAGAAGACCAAUUGAAGAAGGCCAGCCACCAUUAGUAGAUUGGGCACGGCAACAUUUGAGACGAGGAGAAUUGCUUAGUGUGAUCGAUGCACGGUUAAGGGCAAGAGGAGAGAUUGAUGAAGAGGAAUGCGUGCAUCCAGACCCCAAUGCCAGGCCAACAAUGAGACAAGUAGUGGAAUUGUUUGAAGGCAAGAACGAAGCUGAAGGAGAGGAGAUGGACACGUACUUACUAGAAAAGAUGAGAAAUAAAGAACUUAUGUCUAUGCAUUAUCAAAAUCUUGGAAUUGGUUCUGGUUCACACCCGGAAUUUUCUGAGAUCAGACAGGGACUUUCUUCUUCCAUGUCACUCUCUUCGAGUAGUACUAUUGUAGAGGGGAGAUGAAUCUUAUAAACAAAUUACAGUCAUUGUUGGUUUCAGUUUUGUGUAUCAAACUUGUUGAGUUGAAUUCAUUGAUAAGUUCACGGCUUAGUUGGCCUUAUACAUAGAGUAGUAGAUACAUUGAAUCCAUGUACCAGUCGUCAGUUAUCAUGAUGCAUAUCAAUAUAUUGAUUUUCAAACA